GAAAUAAUAAAUAAUUAUAAGCACGCAAAUCUCGCCCACUUCGACCUUUCGUUUCUGCAAUUCUCUCGUCGGAGUUUGGUUCAGUUUUUGGCUUGACACUCUUCAAGGAUCUACACCAUGUUUUUCGACGGAUAUGGAUAUCAUGGGACUUCAUUUGAGCAAACAUAUCGGUGUUAUCCUGCAUCUUUUAUUGAAAAGCCACAACUUGAAACUGGUGACAAAAUCAUAAUGCCGCCUUCUGCACUCGAUCGCCUUGCAUCUUUACAUAUUGAUUAUCCGAUGUUGUUUGAGCUUCGGAAUGAUGUUACUGAACGACUUUCCCACUGUGGUGUCCUCGAGUUCAUUGCUGAAGAGGGAAUGAUCUAUAUGCCUUAUUGGAUGAUGGAGAAUAUGCUUUUACAGGAGGGAGACGUUGUGCAAGUGAAGAAUGUUACUCUACCAAAGGGAACUUAUGUUAAAUUACAACCUCAUACAAUGGACUUCUUGGAUAUAUCCAAUCCAAAAGCCAUCUUGGAGACGACUUUGAGAAACUUUUCAUGCCUGACAACUGGGGACAGUAUCAUGGUGGCAUAUAACAACAAGAAAUAUUACAUUGAUAUAAUUGAAACGAAGCCUUCAAAUGCUAUAAGCAUAAUUGAGACCGACUGUGAAGUGGACUUUGCGCCCCCUUUGGACUACAAAGAACCUCAAAAGCCAGUUGCUUCCCUUCCUACGGGAAAGGCUCCAGUUCAAGACGAGCAACCCGCUGCAGAAGCUGAACCCAAAUUCAAUCCAUUCACUGGAGUCGGGAGGCGUUUAGACGGGAAACCAUCUAAGCAACAGCCAUCAUUAUCUUCAACUUCAGCAUCCAAAGACAAGCAAAUUGAUUCCAGAAACGUUAGUGGCCAGCCUUCUGCUGGGUCUAGCUCUCAAAAUGCUACAAGGCAGUCUCAGGGAAAGCUCGUCUUCGGAUCAAAUGCAAGCCGAAAUCCGAAGGAAACUAAGAAGGAAACUGAGAAGGAUGGUAAGCAAGAGCAGCAGCCCAAAGAGAAAGAAGAGGCGAAGUUCCAGCCAUUUGCUGGGAAGAAGUAUUCAUUGAGAGGAUAGCGAGAUCACGAGUCUAUUGUCGACAUCAACGCUAUUUAUCCUGUUUCAUCUACUAUGCUUUAUGCUUUUGUGAUAGCAACAGUUUUACAAGUGAAAAUUUAGUUGAAAUGUAAGAUUUUCAUGCACAGUUAUGUUCUUUUAUUUAUCAGAAAUUGUACAUUGCGUAAAUCAGAAAUCGUUGCUAUUUAAAAUCUUCUUUGAGGUGGUCA